GGGGGGAUGGAGAUUUUUGGGGAUGGGUGACAUUUAUGGGGCUGGAUGGUGGAUGUGGGGACUGAAUGGAGUUUUUUUGGGUGGAUGGAUGGAUGGACGGAUGGAUGGGUGGAUGAGAAACAGAGUGAUGGAAAGCAGCCCACACAGCUGGGAAUCUGUCCUCAAGGACAGGGAGAGGAGCAGAGCUGUCAGAUGUGUAAGGCCGCUUUGCUCAGGGCACAAGAGCUCUCCAUCCCCAGUGCAGGCAGUCCAGAAACGAAGGCAAGAGAGCGGCAUGGCUGAAGCGGGACCUGCUGGUCAAAGUGGAGAGCAAGAAGCAGAUGCACAGGCAAUGUCAGCAGGGCCAGGGAGCCUGGCAGGAGGGUGGUGCUGGUGCUGGUCUGUGUGGGGCUGGGGGCAGGAUGGCCAAGGCCCAGCUGGAACUGGACGUGGUGAGGGGUGCAAAGAAGAACGAGGAAGGCUUCGACAGGGCUGUCAACCUGAAAAGGAAAGCCCAGGAGGGCAAACCCAUCAGUGAGCAAUGCAGGCAGGCUGGAAACAACAGACAAGGAGAAGGCAGACUCCUUCAUGGGGAAUAUGGGUUCCGCACACAGCCUCUGUGUGUCAGUACAUUCAAUCAGACUCAAAAAUGCUGUCCCACAGUCUGGCAAGGUCCAUCCCUUGUUCCUGUCCUUCUAAUUCAAGCUGCAGGAUGAUUUCCUGAUCUGAUGGACCUGGCAGCACCACACACCCUCGCUGACUGCUAUUCCGUUCAGCAGUGAAUUGGCUCUGCAGGGCUGCCAAUGGCCCCUGCCAGGAUUUCAGCCUUCCAUCAGCAGUGUGCUGAAUGACAGCCUCUCCUUCUGGGCUGUCAGCAGCACUGCUCCCAACACAGCGCACACUGUGCGGUUCUGAGCCCAAGGCAUUCCCGGUGGGGAAGGGCACACAGUGCCCCUUUUCAGCUCCUCAGGAAUAGGGGAGCAGCCCAGCACCAGCAUUUCCCAGGCAGCCAUGGCUUGGCCCUGCUCGGACCUCUCCCGGCAUGGAGCCUUCCUGGGGGAGAGCUGAGAGGUCACCUCCGGACCUUUCCGGAGCUGUCACGGGCACAGCUUUAUCUACAUAACUCUGUGACACCAGAGAAGCUGCAUUUCUUGAUGUGUCCUUUUUGCCAGGUGGUGACUUCAAUCAUUGCAUGAGCACUCUCAUUUCCCCUUCUGCACCAGCACUGCAACUCCUCAAAAUGGACCAUGAUUGCUUUUCACCCGGCAUCUCUCUCUCUUAUGUUCCUUCUCUGCUUCUCUCCAAUUUCUCUCCUUUCUUUUCCUCUCUUUUCCUCAUUUUCCUCCCAGUCAUCUUUUACGCUUCUCCUGCAGCAGCCAUGAACCAUGACAGCCCAGGGUUGAGAGCGUGUGGGGUACCUCAUCAGGCGCAGUGUGCAGAGUGCAUCUCUCCACUUGUCGCACCCCAGAGGGGCCCCACAGUGCAACCACCCCUAUGGGUUAAUAUGUCCACAUCAGGAGGUGACAUCAUAUCAUCCUGAAAAAGAAAUGGGAACUGACAGCAGCUCUCCGGCCACUUCCUUUCCCCUCUGCAGUCUCACUGUCCCCAAGCUGCUCCUGCCUCAUGGCAUCAAUGGCGGUGAACCUCAUUCUCGGUUGGUGGCUGGUGGCAGCGAGCAGGGCACAGCAACCACACUGUGGGAACACGCAGGUCGUUAUCGGUGUCAGUACCGGGUGUCUGAGUCAGCCGAGGUGUCAGUGGAGAGUGACCCCGUGGAGCUGGUGCUGACAGAUGUCAGAUAUCCCCCAUCCAGCAUUUCCCUUCACCCUGAGCAACAUGUGGGAACAGGGACCAAUGUCACCAUCCGCUGCUGGAGCAAUGAUUACGGGGCCGCCUUCUUCCUGCACAAGGAUGGGAGCUCAGACCCUAUCAAGUACCAGAACUCCAGUGGUGGGGGCACAGCCACUUUCACCCUCUUUGGGGUGACCCCAGCUGACAGUGGCACCUACAGGUGCUCCUAUCACCCCAAGAACUACUCCUUUCUUUCCUCACCCCUUGGGGACAGCAUGACGCUGGAGGUGACACCCACACCUGCACGCCCAGGUAGGUACCUGCCCCCCAUGUGUUUGUCCCCAGUGCCACCCAUGGGUGGCAGUGUCAUCACAUCCCUUCCCCAUGGAGGUGAUGCUGGGGUGAACACACCCAAGUACCUGUACCCCACAGGUGCUGAGUUGGUGUCCCGUGGGAACCUGGUGGUGGCAGUGGUGAGGGGCUGCGCUGCUGUGCUCAUCUUUGCCCUCGGCGUCUUCUUUGUCAUCGAUGCCCGCAGCCUCUGGAUACAGAGAGAUGAGAGUCUGGGUGGGGAAGGGAUUGAAUGGCUUUGAUCUCCUGUACAUCUUCUACACAUCUCCCCAGUUUUCCCCUUCCACUCCUUCCAUUCCUCGGUAGAAUCCACCAGGUGCACCAUUGGACCACUAUACAUUGCCUAUCGAUUCCCUCAGAUGUUCCCUGUCCCCAUCCCAUCUCCUAUAAAUCCAUCAUGUAUCCCCUGCCUCCCCUUCCAGACCCUAUAAAUUAUCUAGUCCCUGUCA